AUGAAGAAAAAUUUGGUUGUCCAUCUUCCUGGACCUAAAGGGGCAGCACGUACUGCGAAAACCGAAUAUGAGGUGUGGAAAUUAUUUUUUAAUGAUAACAUGAUGCAUACAGUUGUUACUCAUACAAAUGAAGAAAUAAGCAGAAAUCAGGCAAAGUUUUCAAAAUCGCAAAGAUACACAGGACAGACAGAUAAAACGGAAUUAGAAGCACUGUUUGGUUUACUAUACAUAAGCGGAGUAUUGAAGAAUAAUCAUGUAAACUUAGAGGAGCUGUGGUCUAAAAAGCAGCAGAUUUUAGAGGUGUUGGAUGUAGCAGAAACGGAUAUUGUAAACCAGGUACCACUUAGUCUGGAAACCAGAGGAAACAAACGCUGCUCCGUAUGUCCAAGAACUCUAGACAGAAAAGGUAGAGAUACCUGUAUAACAUGCAAGCGUAACUUGUGCGCCGAACACAGGCAGGCUAUUUGUGCAUUUUGUAUUUAAAAAUGUUGUAUUCCUUUUUCUUCUCUAAUUAAAGUUAAUUAAAAUAUUUUUGGCAUUGUUUUCAAUGAAAAGAUAUCAUCAAUAACAGUAUUUCUGCUUGGGGUCAUACGCGACCCCAUGUUGUCAUUCGUGUAUGAAUAUUCUCA